AUGUCAAAUGUCAAUAUAUGUAAUGUGACAGGAUAUGACAUGUCACCGUUCAUCAGAAGGUACGCCAAGUACCUCAACGAGAAGGCCCUGUCAUAUAGGACCGUCGCCUUUGACUUCUGCAAGGUCAAGAGGGGUAAAGAAGAGGGCUCCCUCCGUAUGAUGAAUGCUGAGAAGCUGUUAAAAACUCUGCCAGUGCUACAAGCACAGCUCGACGCGCUGCUUGAAUUUGAUUGUACGGCCAAUGACCUCACUAACGGAGUCAUCAAUAUGUGCUUCAUGCUGCUAUUCAGGGAUCUUAUCAGGCUCUUCGCUUGCUAUAAUGAUGGCAUCAUCAACUUAUUGGAGAAGUACUUUGAUAUGAACAAGAAGAACUGUCGGGACGCUCUCGACCUCUAUAAGAAAUUCCUCAUCAGGAUGGAUAGAGUCGGAGAGUUCUUGAAGGUGGCAGAAAAUGUCGGUAUUGAUAAAGGUGACAUCCCUGACCUGACCAAAGCCCCAAGCAGUCUCUUGGAUGCCCUUGAAGGACACCUCGCGACCCUUGAAGGCAAAAAAGGUUCCGCUGCUAACACUCCCACGCAAACCGCCAGCGCCCAAAAGAACGUUGCCAGUGUGAUGGGUGCCUUAUCAUCAACGUCAUCGUCGUUCGGUAACGCGGCUGCUUCUACUAGACUGGACGCGUCAAACGGCAGUAUGUUCAUAGAUGACUCGCUCAAACAACAGGCGUUAGCUGAGGAAGAAGCAGCUAUGAACCAAUACAAGGUCCACUUAUAUCAGGGGAACGAAUUUACAGGUGAUGAGGAUAUCACGCAGAUAACAGAAAGAUUUAACAAGGUGCAGUCGCCAACAAACUCAGCCAAUAAUCCAUUCUUAUCUACGGGUCCGUCUGUAGUGGACUUAUUCGCGCCCGCACCGGAGCCCCAACCCGCUCCUACGGGGGGCAAAGCCUCCGACGACCUUCUAUCACUAGGGAAUCCCUUCGCUGACAUGUUUGGAGCCCCGCAACCCGCGCCCGCGCCCGCCGCCUGGCAGAGCAACGGGUUCGCGGCCUUCCCGCAACCGACGCAACCAUCGCAACCAGCCCAACCCAACACCAACAACACCUUCGUAUCCGAGGCUAAUUUCACUAACGUCUUCAACACUGACUCCGCAGCUGCUAACCCGUUCAUGGGUAUGGGAGACCCAACCCAGCCUAUAUCGGCGUCCCCAGCCCGCCCCCCACCACCGAAUCCCCAAAAAUCCGCGUUCGAUGACCUCGAGGACGCUAUGAGAAUCUCACUGGGGGGCUCUCCAGCGAAACAGAGCGCACCCAUCACACAACAGCCGCAGCCGAUGACGCAGCACUUUGGUGACGUCAUGAUGUCCCAACCCAUGAUGUUCGGAUCACCAGCGAGGCAGCCGAUGAUGGGGAUGGCCAUGGGUCAACAACAACAGCCUCAACAGAAUAAAGUACUGACCGGUGAUUUAGAUUCCUCACUGGCUCAGCUCGCAAACAAUCUCACUAUCAACAAAGCUGCUCCCAAAGCGAUGCAGUGGAGCCCGAAGACUGGCUGCAAACCUGGUGGAGCUUGGAGUCCGCAACCAAUGCAGGCAACUACUGGAGCGGGUUACAGACCCAUGGGCCAAGGCAUGACUCUACCGCCAAUGCCCCAUACAUUACCCCAUACGUACCAUCCCCCGCAUUUUGUUCUGCAACAGCCGCCCAUGGUAAUGGGCAUGAACGCGCCCAUGAUGCCCAUGGGGUCGAUGCCGAUGCGCCCCUCCAUACCGCCCACCACAAAUCAAUUCAGUUAA